AUGUCUUAUGCGCCUGCAAGCCCAGAUCUAAGCUCGUUUUACAGCGGGUCGGCAGAUUCUCACAACGCGGGCCACCACCACCAUCAUUCUUCGUCGUCAGGGUUUGGGUUUCCGGUGCAGGUCUCGAGCUCAAACCCAAGGUCCCGGCCUUUGAGCCCACCAUACGGUGUCACGCUCCCAAGCGGCCCCACUUCAAACGUAACCACCAACUACCAGGUGAAUCGCGUCGGCGAAGGGCAUUUUUCAUUGCAUUCCAACCAGCAACAUCACCAUCACCAUCACACACCUUAUCACGAACAUCCCUACUCGCCACACACUCCAAUCUCUCCCCAGUCCAAUCUCAGCCAGGCUGUGAACGCGCAAAAUCACUUGCACUACAUCCAUUCACCCUUCCAAGCACAUAAAAAUACUCAAUCGCUCCAAAUCGUGCCGCAAUCAAACCAUCACAUCAACACGUCCCAACCCGGCCCAUCACCCAUUGGACUGCAGUACAUUCCACCAUACUCGGCUCAGCAGUACAAAUCUGAACCCGACGACGCUUUUUGUUUCUCGUCUGUGCAGGAAGCCCCUCAGCGCGAGCUUUUCACGCACCAGCCCAACAGGCGGUCUUAUUCUCAGCCUAAUUCAGACGCGACUCAGAUAAAAUCUGAAGUCAAAUCUGAGGAGCACUACGGUGUUCAUUCGCCCCCAAAUAUCCGCAUAAAAUCAGAAGCCCAGCAGGCAUAUCCUCCUCCAGAAGCCAUGCCGCCAAGAAGAUCAGCGGCGGCGGCACAGCCGUCCGUUAUCGCCUCGCCCGUCAAGACCAGGUUUCCAACGGCGCGCAUCAAGCGUAUCAUGCAGGCUGAUGAAGAGGUCGGCAAGGUUGCCCAGCAGACACCAAUUGCUGUGGGCAAGGCAUUGGAAAUGUUCAUGGUCGCCCUCGUAUCCAAAAGUCACGAUGUGGCCAAAGACAAAGGCGCCAAGCGAGUAACGGCUCAGCACCUCAAGCAGGUCAUCGAGUCAGACGACCAAUGGGAUUUCCUGCGCGAGAUAGUCGGGAGGAUCUCGGAGACUGAGGAGAAGGCAGGAAGGGCUGGGGGCAGGGCAAAGGCCGAAAGCUCUAGUGACGAUGAGGUGCCGGAACCAAAGAAGAAGGGGCGUGGCGGACGGAAGAAGAAGGUCACCUAG